AUGUUCAAUAUACGCGCUGCUGAGCACCUUCCACGCAAAAGUACUCCUGCGCUUUCGGACGACACUGGCAGCUCCUCUUCACGCGAAAGCUCUCCGCCAGCUACAUCCGUCUCUGGACUCAGCCGUGCGCCAUCCAUCUCUUUUGAUUACGAUUUCAAACAUGAACCCACUGGCGAUGGCACUUAUAUCAGGACUGCCAAACCAGACGCCGACUCCUCGCCAUCAGAAGACAUCACGCUGAAACGGAGACGCAUAUACACAUCGUCCACUGCACGAGUGUCGGGGACACCAUCGUUAGAAUAUGUCUCCCGUCCGUUGAAACAGAAGCUAUGCGCAGACACGAGCACUGAUGACGCUUGCGCAAAGAGGGCAUGGACCUCUAGCACUUCGAGCGACGCAACCAAGGCCAAGGACAGCGCCUCAUUCGGUCAAAGGCAUAUACUCGUCCGCAAGUGGACGAAAAUCACGGUCGCCGAGCCAGACGCGGCUCCCGCGGUCACCUCCAACAUCAACCUACGCGCGCCUUUAGAAACCAUGGCUCGCCCGCCGAAGCGAAAACGGUGUGCAGACACGACGACCGAUGAGGUCCGUGUUAAGAGAAGGUUGUUGUCUGACGGUCCGAGCGACGCGUCAAAGCUCAAAGAGCAUGUGGGAUCGUCGGUCCCGAUAGUUCUUGUAUAUUAUCUUCUCCGGCUCGGUUCCGCAACUACCAGCGGCAGGGUUUAA